AUGGUACCCCUACCAGAACAACGUCUUACUCCCUACGUCAGGCCCUUUCAGUACACAGGUCUGGAUUACUUGGGACCAGUAGAAGUCACCGUUGGUAGACGACGAGAGAAAAGGUAUGUUGCUGUUUUUACUUGCCUGGUAGUCCGAGCGGUGCACAUCGAAGUGGCACACAGUUUGUCCAAAGAUUCGUGCAUAAUGGCUAUAAGAAGAUUCGUUCAGAAGCGAGGUCCCCCAAGUGAAAUUUUCUCCGACAACGGCACCAAUUUCGUGGGCGCCAGUCGUGAGCUGCAGAAACAACUUAGAGAUAUUCAUCUAGAAUGUGCCGAUACUUUCACCAAUGCCCGCACCAACUGGUUGUUUAAUCCACCCAUAGCUCCACACAUGGGCGGAGUGCGGGAACGGAUGGUGCGUAGUAUCAAAGUGUCGAUGGAAGCGUUGGAUGACGGAAGAAAGGUGAACGACGAAAUCUUGCUGACAGUAUUGGCUGAGACCGAAUCAUUGAUCAACGCUCGACCACUUACAUAUAUGCCGCAAGGAACGUCGGAGAACCAGGCCCUUACUCCAAAUCAUUUUAUUCUGGGGUUCUCAACUCGGGAUGCUGGCACUGAUCCGAUACGGAAACCGAUCGAGCUGAACAAAACGUUACAGAGCAGUUAUCUAAGAUCUCAGUAUCUAGCUGGGACAGUAUGGAGUCGCUGGAUCAUGGAAUAUUUCCCGUCGCUGAACAAACGACCGAAGUGGAUCGAGGAGAUGAACCCGGUGAAGGAAGGUGAGCUCGUAUACAUAGCGGAAGGCAACCGAAGGAGCUGGGUUAGAGGACGGAUAUCGAAGCUACUGCCCAACAAAGAUGGAAGGGUUCGGCGAGUGAUAGUCGAGACUUCGUCUGGACCCUUAAGGCGAGCAGUAGCGACGUUAGCACGGAUGGAGAUAGGAAGCAGUGAACCUGGUCCAAGUCCUGGUGGAACCGAACCUGCUUCACGGGGUGGAGGAUGUUCUGCCACCACUGGGGGCGCCGAACGCAGGAAAACGAAGUGA